UCUUGGAAAUAACAACAUGAAUGAUGCAUUCCCCUUUUGGUUACAGUCUUUGCCAGAAUUACGGAUUCUUGUCUUGCAUGCAAAUCGAUUCCAUGGCCCUAUAUGGAAUCCUCAUACCAGGUUUGGCUUUUCCAAGUUACAUGUCAUUGACCUCUCUCACAACAAUUUCUCUGGUAGGCUACCUUCAGAAUACUUUAGAACUUGGAAUGCAAUGCAAAUGGUUCCUACCAAAGAUGAAGCACGACCAGAAUACAUGGGAAGUCAAUCAAAUUAUUAUGAAGACUCAAUGACAGUGGUGAAUAAGGGGUUAGAAAUAUUUUUGGUAAAGAUCUUGACCAUCUUCACAGCUAUUGAUCUCUCCAAUAAUAGAUUUGAUGGAGAAAUUCCAAACAGUGUGGGAAACCUAAAGGGACUAAUUGUACUCAAUUUAUCGAGCAAUAGCUUCAUGGACCAUGUCCCUUCAUCAUUAGGGAACCUAACCGCACUUGAAUCUUUGGAUCUUUCUCAAAACGAGCUCUCAGGUGAAAUUCCUCAAAAGCUAAUUAGUCUCACAUUUCUUGAAUAUUUAAACUUAUCUCAAAAUCAACUUUUUGGUCCAAUUCCACAAGGUGGACAAUUUUUGACGUUUGAAAAUUCCUCUUUUGAGGGAAACUUGGGAUUGUGUGGCUCUCCGCUGUCAAAGAAUGUGGAAACAAUGAGACACCAACUUAUAAAACAAGACAAGAAUCAUCAAUAGUAGAAGGAUUUGAUUGGAAAGUGGUUGUGAUAGGAUGUGCUUGUGGAUUGAUAAUUGGAAUAGUUAUUGGGUAUUUCUACACCUCAAGAAGGAUAGUUUGGUUUGUGAGAAAUUUUGGAGUGCACAUACGUAGUUGAAAAUGAAGGCAAAUAAAGCCAGCUACUGUAGAUUUAUAGUGAUUGUAAUAAUUGUAUCUAUGUGUGUGAUUAUAUGGAUCAUCACCAUCAACCACUUUGUGG